AUCGCUUUCUCUCUCUUACUCAUUGAUCACAUCGAUUAUCUGAAAAAAGUGUGGGAAAUGAGGUGCGCAACAAACUUUAGCAGCAGCACUAAAUUCGUGGGGCUUUCCCAAAAUCCGAGAAAGCUGAUUUCUGCUUCUUCCGCAUUUUCCAAUUCCCCCUUUUCUUCUUCUUCCACUUCUCUUUCAUUGUCCAGAAGCUUCAAUUUCACCUCCACUGCGGCGUCGUUUUCGAUGGCCACUCCGAUUUCAGUCAACGUCAACGCUUCCUCCACCAUCGAUGCACCUCACAACGAACUGGAAGCUUCAUCCGCUGGAGCUAUUGGAGCUUACGACUUGCUGAUAGUUGGGCCAGGCGUGCUGGGACGAAUAGUGGCUGAAAAAUGGCGAGAGUCGGCGCGGAGCGAACAUCAUGAAGAGUUAAUAAAGUUAGGGAUCACUCCAUCUCUGAAGGGAACACAAUUGAGUCAUAAGUUCCCAUUCGUCAUUUUCUGCGCCCCUCCUUCCGGAACUCUCGAUUAUCCAGGUGAAGUCAGGGAAGCAACCUUAAAUUGGAACGGUGAAGGUUCCUUUGUAUUUACUUCAAGCUCGGCUCCCUAUGACUGCUUUGACAAUGGAUCCUGUGAUGAGAACACGCCAGUUGUACCCAUUGGAAGGAGCCCCAGAACAGAUAAGCUACUCACAUCAGAGAAUGUAGUGUUGGAGGCUGGUGGUUGCGUUGUUCGACUAGCUGGACUUUACAAAGUAGAUAGAGGUGCCCAUACGUAUUGGUUGGAGAAAGGGACCGUUGAUGUUCGGCCAGAUCACAUUCUUAAUCUAAUCCAUUACGAGGAUGCAGCUUCACUUUCGAUUGCCAUCUUAAAAAAGAAUCUUCGCGGCAAGAUCUUUCUCGGCUGUGAUAAUCAUCCUGUGUCCAGACAGGAAGUGAUGGAACUAGUUAACAAAAGUGGCAAGUAUAGUAAGAAAUUCGAGGCUUUCACAGGAACAUCGGAUCCUUUAGGUAAGAAAUUAAACAACUCGAAAUCUCGAGCAGAACUAGGGUGGGAGCCCAAAUAUCCGAGCUUCGCUCAGUUUCUCGAUAGUCUUUGAGAAUAAAUACCCUUUUGCAAUCAACCUCGAUAGAAUACUCUUUUGAGCAAGUGGUGCAUACACAUAUUACAUACUGAUCAAUUGUAGAUGAAGUAUAUAAACUGUGAAUCUUCCUUGCUAUAUUUGCUUCUUUUCAAUUGUUUUUAUUUAUUUAUCUAAAUCUA